AACGGAAAAAGACCACUGCCCGACUGAGGAAUUGAACCCCAGACCUUCCGAUUACCGGUCGGACGUACUGCCAUUACACUACCGGGCUGUCUUCUUCCGUCUUAGGAUCUCUCCAGGAUCCUAACAGCGAAAGCGAAUUAAAAGCUCGCACGUUUAGGUGUUGUAGUAUUCACGGUCCUCUAUCUAAUGAUGUUUUCAAAAUUUCAUGCAAAUAUUUCAUUUUGAUACGUUAUGACUCCAAAGUGAACAAAAUAUGAGUUUAGGACGUACCGGAUACAGGUUACUGUAUGAGAACGAAACCAUUCCCGGAGGUCGAGUUUGUUUUAAAUUGAAGAAGAAUGCUGCUUCUACUUAUGACAAAAUUUAAGCUCUUAAUGUUGUAUGACUGCCGAGAUAUGAGCAACACAAAGUUGUCAGUAUGAGAGAUGUCGCAAUUUUCAAAAGCAGGUCGAAAUUUUAAAAUGCUCGUUUCUCAGCAACCAAACAACAUUUCUUCAAACGGAAAACGCCAUUUUACUCAGAAAUGUCUAUAUUUUCUUUAAUGGCUGGUGUUCUGUGACAUAGGUUUGAGCAGUGUCUGUCGUCGCUUAUACGGGACGGCUCUUAUAUCACUUUUAUAUGCACACGUGUUCAGUGAGAAACAAAAUGCACCUUUUCACUUUUCAUAUGACAUCACAUGUUCCUUUUUCUAUUACGUGCAUUAUAACGAAAAAUACAUAUACCGAGAAUUUAAAUAUAUCGAGAAAAAAGGACGAUAGAAAAGUAGAACUCGAUAGCUCAGUAGAAAGAGCAGAAAGAAAGAUAUUAUUCUUACGGCGUGAGUUCGAUUGCUGCUCGAGUCGAUAUGCUUUUUUUGCUUAGUUUUGUUUAUUUCUUUUAGAAAGUUUGCAAAAAAGUUUUCCCUUCCCUACGGACAGUAUCUCGAGCCAUUUUUUGGUACAUAUACAAUCGACUAUCCUAUAUCCAAAAAUGUGGUUUUUUCGUCGACUCUAGUUCUAUUUAAAAGUUUCACUUAUCGGUGAUAUGGAGAGGACGUAUAUGAAUGUCAGAAUUCAUCGUUUACAUGGUAUCGUAUCCGUACACGUAUACGACCGUCGUAAAUCAGCGUAAAUGGUCGUAUUUCUUUGCUGAACAGAAAAUCGCGCUUAUCUGAGUUGGGAAGCAUUUUUCUGACAUUGAGCCUAGGAAGGAAGAUGUAGAGAAUACAGUUUUGCACUAGACUGAAUACCCUUAGGAAGCCGAAUGACGUUUUUACUGCUAAAACAAAUCCGAACUGAUUAAUCUUUACACUACUUAAUGAAUGUCAUACUCCAGAGUUGUUGGGUAUUUUUAAGAUAAACUAAAAUUUCUUUUUUCUAAUGAGUCAAAUCAACUAGAUAUGGAUACACGUCUGCUCUACAUACAUAGAACAAGGCUACAAAACAGGAUCAAAAUAACAUCGAGGAAUGGUGGAUCCGAAGAGCAUGUCAGCUUCACAACUUCAGAGAGACUAAAAAUACCGCUGAUCUCGAAAACUUCAAUAGAAGUAUUCGCAAAGGAUAUACAGUAAGAUCCACGAUUUUUUCCUUGUUUUAUUCUAAAAUUGAACGACAAAUGCACAUCUUUUGAAUAAAAUUUUAAAAGUCCAAAAUGGAAAAAACUAUCAUUUUCAUUGAACGUUCUUUUACACUUUCCCGCCGGUUGUUUCUAAGAUACACCAAAAAUUGUUGCCAAAUGACAACAUCAGGCUGGAAAGGGUUAAGAACAUCCCACUAAUUCAUCUUGCCAGAGUUUCGGAGGACUUCAGAACAUGAGGAUCUUUCUCUUUCGAAAUUAUUUACGUAUUUGUUAUGGAAUUUUUAGUCUUAAGAUAAAUUUAAAAAUAUUUGUGACGACGGGAGCAGUGGCUGAGUUCUUUCAGAUUCAGAAUCCUAGAUAGCACACAGCAGAAUCAAAACUAACAUUAGAAUUGAGAAUAAUAGGCGAAUGUUAGAAGUUAGGCCGAACUGUGUAUGAAAAAGAAAUAGUUUCGAGUUAAGCAGAAUUGACUAUUUUCAUUGAGAAUUGACAAUAGAACUGAAUAUAGACCCAGCAGAAUUGAUUCUUUGUUACGGAACUUUACGGGGAAAAAGAAGAUUUCAUGGAUAUGAUGGCCAGAUGUCCAAAUCACAUAGAGUCAUACUUCUGCACUUCUGACAACAAAAACAAUCUUCAAAAGGAGGUGUGAAGCGCAGCAUGAGAGUGAAUAACAAAUAAAUCAUUUUCAAACCGACGUCCAAUGCCGAUAAUUUAGAAACCAUGCGAGCCUAAACCUUUUCGUUUAUAUUCAAUUUUGUCUCAUGAUUGUUUAAUUCUGUAGCUAUUGUGUGAGAUAAAGCCUGGAUUGUGACGGAAGUGAAGUAGAAUUCUGAAUGUUUAGGCACUGUGACAACCCUCGACGACGGCGAAUGGCCGAGCAAUCAUUUCUUCGUUUUUCUUUAGUAAAAGUUUUCUUUAAAAUUCUACGUUUGAUUUUCUUUCGUUGGAUCUAGAUUCAUUAUGUUCAAUAUUACCAUUGGUUCCCAUGCAUCUUGUUCCCUUACCGAAUCUGACUGGUUUUGUUUUUUGUAUCGGUGGCGGAUUCGGUAUUGAACAAAAAUGUGCUGACGGUGCCUACUAUGACCCAAUCAAGAAGGAAUGUAAUGAUAGCAUUACCAACGUGGCUUCUGUAAAUAGUCCGUGCUCGUCAUCACCGUGCAAUGGUGGAAAUUGUGUCAAUAUUUUUGCUGCCUCAACAUAUUAUUGUGUGUGCCACAAUGGACUUUAUACUCGUCAUUGUGAACAUAAGCAUUCUUAUUGUGAAGAUCUGCGGNAAAACCAGUCAGAUUCGGGCUGUCAACCCUUUGAUCCUGAUAAAGAUGCGCUAAAGUACAUAUGCUUUUGCCGACCUCCAAAGUCAUCGAGUAGAACUGUGGAACAAUUCUGGUACGGCUCAAGUUGUAUGGAAACAAUAUUCGAAGCUCCAUGUGCAACGGCAAUUGAUGGAGAAAAAUUUCCGUUACGUCAUACUGAUAAAGGAUAUCUUCGAUGUCUGGAUAAUGGCACUUCUGCUUCAUUUGAAUCAUGCCUGAUCGAUUAUGUUUGGAAUGAUGAAAAAAAGACUUGUGUAUCGAAUAAAGGUCAGUAG